UGUAUAUGUAUGUAUUAUGUAAGCCCAUAUGUGUGUGUAUUUUUUUAAUGUGGUGAGGAGUGAAAAUGAAAGCAUUGCCGGGAAAGAGGGGAAAGAAAGAGGGGUUGCUCUUGCUGUUGAAGAAGAAGCAGAUGGUAUUCAGGGAGAUGCGAGCCAUACAUACUCAGUGCAAUAGAAAAGGAACCUACUCCGUACUCUUUCUUUUCCUCCUUUUCAUUCUCAUCCUCUUUGUUAUUUAGAUUUCCAUUUUCAUUCUCUCUCUCUUGAAAUUAACUUGCUAGAAACACAAUACUCCCACCUCCUUUCUUGAUUCUUUUGAUCUGGGUUUUCCUCUCUGACCCUUUUUCUGUCGAAAUCAAGAACUUUCUUCUUGUUGCUGGUUGUUUUUAGGCUUAAUUUUAUGGGUUUGGUGCUCAAUCUCUGGAUCUUGUUUUGGUUAUGGCUAAAUUAAACUUGGGAUCGAAUCUUUGCGAUUCCAGGAUUGGUUAGCUAGGUUCAGGUCUUGGCAAUCUCUAGUUCUUAAUGUUUUUUAUGGACUGAGAGAAGGAAAUAUACUGUUGUUGUUUUGAUUUGUUGUGGUUGUGUCAUUAUAUUAACAGGAUUCAGUGUAAAUAGAGUCAGAUUUUCUGUGAAUCAAUGGUAACCAUCGAUAUCCUCCUUUUCGCUAUUUUGUGAUUCCAGGAGGAAUUUUUUCCAUUUCUCUUGAAAUUUUACUUGUUUCCCAAAAGAAGAGAAAAAUUAAAAUCAGCAUAACUAGGGUGUUGGAAGAAAAAAAGCCCACCUUUUUUCUUGUGGGUUGAUAGUUUUUUUUUUCCUAUUGAUCGGAUAUUCUCUCUCUUUUUGGUAUCAACAAAUCCGAUAAGUUCAAUUGGAUUGUAUAUCUUUGGUAGUUUUGUUUUAAUUAGGAGGAGAAGAAGAGUGAUAUAGGUUUAGCUUGGUGGAUAAAUUGGUGGUUUUCCUUUGUGGAUCAUUGCGGUCUAUGGGAAUACCCGAUAGUUCACUAUCAGAUUUUAUAGAGAAGGUUAGGUCUUGGAUUUCGUGGGGACCAACUGAUCUAACUUCCUUGUCCAGUGGAUUCGAAAUGGCUAAUAACAGGUGCAAAAUGUGUUCAGAGUGCGAGAUGAACCUUUCAGAAUCUUCCUUCAAGUACCACUGCCAAAACUGUGGUCGGCCAUUGUGUAGGAAUUGCAUUCGUGGCUAUGUUUCUUUAGGUGCUGUAGCAUCUGGUGAUUUGAAUAGCCUGCCAGAAGCUGGGCUUGAAAUUAAAUCCUGCAAGUUUUGCUCCGACCUUAGUCUUAGGCACAAAGGUGAAGGGAGGUAUAGUGAUAAAAUCUAUCCUGCCGAGUCGCCUCGACAAAGCCCUGAACCACCUUCGCCAAGUUUCAGUGGUGGUGAUAGAUGUGAUGGUUAUCCUCCCCAAACUGCGACCAGUAGUGUGACUUCAAUUACUAGCCAUCCUUCUCCAGUAUCUGUUCGUCGCACUUCUAGCAGGAAUGAUGAAGAUGUGGGAGAGGAAUCCAUAAAUCACCUUUAUUGCCCAUCUAGUGAAUGCUGUCAUGAAGCUUCAGAUAUAGAUUUGAGUAGUGUUAGUGCUAGACUUGAGUUUUAUAGUUUUACGUCUGUUGGAUCAAGUCUUUCAGACAGCCCCUCUGGGAUUCAUAUUAUUUCCGAUAGAGUUGGGCAUUCUGUACAGCGAGAGGCAGGGGAAGCCCCACGUCCUCAGAAUGAUGGUUCCUUUAAACAAGAAACCAUGGAUGUGUUGGAUAUGCCACAGACAGCAACUGUGGAUCCAGAGAAUGCUGAUGAUUGUGCUGAUGAUAUUUUGAUAUUCCGGGAUCAAUUUGAGAGAUUGCAAAAGCCUUUGGAUUUUGAAAACAAUGGUCUCAUUUGGUUUCCUCCGCCGCCUGAGGAUGAAGAUGAUGAGGCAGAAAACAGUUUCUUUGCAUAUAAUGAUGAGGAUGAUGAAAUUGGAGAAUCAGGUGCGAUAUUUUCAUCUAGCGGUAGCUUUGAUAGCAUGUUCCCAGCAAAGGAGAAACAGAAUGAAAGUCAUAAGGAACCUUUAAGAACUGUGGUUCAAGGGCAUUUUAGGGCCCUUGUCUCACAGCUGUUACAAGGGGUGGGCAUCGAGGCCGGCAGAGAAAACAGCACAGAAGACUGGCUAGACAUAGUUACGACAAUAGCAUGGCAAGCUGCAGACUUUGUGAAACCAGAUACAAGUGGAGGAGGCAGUAUGGAUCCUGGUGAUUAUGUAAAAGUUAAGUGUAUUGCAUCAGGAAGUCCUGGCGAGAGCACACUCGUUAAAGGAGUAGUUUGUACAAAAAAUAUAAAACACAAACGCAUGACUUCUCAAUACAAAAACCCUAGAUUACUUCUUUUAGGAGGAGCACUGGAGUACCAAAGAGUGCCAAAUCAGCUGGCAUCUUUUGAUACAUUAUUGCAGCAGGAAAUUGAUCACCUGAAGGUGAUUGUUUCAAGGAUAGAGGCCCACCGUCCAAAUGUGCUGCUGGUAGAGAAAAGUGUAUCUUCAUAUGCCCAAGAGUAUCUACUAGCAAAGGAGAUCUCUUUAGUGUUAAAUGUUAGGAGACCACUAUUGGAGCGGAUAGCCAGGUGCACUGGUGCUCACAUAACUCCAUCAACUGAUAAAAUUUCUACAACACGGUUGGGACACUGUGAACUGUUUCGGUUAGAAAAAAUGGUUGAAGAACAUGAAAAUGCCAAUCAGUUUAACAAGAGGCCUUCCAAAACCUUGAUGUUUUUUGAAGGUUGUCCCAGGCGUUUAGGUUGCACGGUCCUGCUGAAGGGCUUAUGUCAAGAGGAACUAAAGAAGGUUAAAAAUGUUGUUCAAUAUGCGGUGUUUGCUGCAUACCAUCUGUCUCUGGAGACUUCCUUUCUUGCUGACGAGGGUGCCAGUCUACCUAAACUUGCAUUAAAACCAUCAAUUGCCAUACCAGAGAGGACAACUGCUGAUAAUGCCGUUUCAGUUAUCCCUAAUUCUAUUUUGGCCAGCAGUUAUCAAGAAAUUGCUGAUAUCCCAGAAUUUAAAGAAGGACAAACAGGUCUAAAUUUGGAGCUCGCGAAGCAGGAAAUGUCGUUUGAGCUUCAAGAUGCUGAUCGUUAUUCUUCUCCUACACUCAGCAAGUGCAGAGUUGGUGUUGCUUUUCCUGAUGCACCCCGUUGUGAAAUAGCAUCUAAUGUGGCUUUGGAGGAUUUAAGGCCCGCUGUGCUUCCUUCUGAGAUGAAGGAUGAUAUCCUGGAUGAGUCCCUGGAAACUACAGGCCAAGGGGAGAGGCGACCAAGGGAACUCUUUCAAGUGGCAAAUAUUGAUGAAAUUGAAGCCUCCAGUGAAUACUAUUCAGCCACUGACAGUCACCAGAGCAUACUAGUGUCUUUUUCUUGCCAUUGUGUGCUGAAUGGUACUGUAUGCGAACGCUCCCGACUCCUGCGCAUCAAGUUCUAUGGCUGUUUCGAUAAGCCACUUGGAAGGUAUCUUCGAGAUGAUCUGUUUGAUCAGACAUCUUGCUGUCGAUCAUGUAAAGAGCCAGCUGAAGCCCAUGUCCAAUGCUAUACACAUCAACAGGGAAAUCUCACAAUAAAUGUUAGACGCCUUCCUUCAGUGAAGCUACCUGGGGAGCGGGAUGGGAAAAUAUGGAUGUGGCAUAGAUGUCUCAGGUGUGCACAAUUAGAUGGAGUUCCACCAGCAACCCGCAGAGUGGUCAUGUCUGAUGCUGCUUGGGGACUUUCUUUUGGAAAGUUUUUGGAACUCAGUUUUUCGAACCAUGCAACUGCUAAUCGUGUUGCCACUUGUGGUCAUUCUUUACAAAGGGACUGCCUUCGUUACUAUGGGUUUGGGAGUAUGGUUGCAUUCUUCCGAUAUUGUCCUAUCAAUAUUCUUUCUGUCUGUUUGCCCCCGUCAGUGCUCGAGUUCAAUGGUCAUGUGCAACAGGACUGGAUAAGAAAAGAGGCAGCUGAGCUUCUAAAUAAAAUGGAAACCUUAUAUGAGGAGAUAUUAGGUGUGCUUUGCAGCACAGAACAGAAAAGCACAUCUUUUGGACAUGAAUCAUCUGAUAUAAGUGUGUUAUGUACUCGCAUCAAGGAGUUGAAAAAUCUGCUUUUGAAAGAGAAAAAUGAGUACAAUGAUCUGCUCCAACCUGCUGAUGAAAAGACUUCAGAAUUGGGCCAGGGAGCACUAAACAUCCUUGAACUCAAUCGCUUGAGACAUUCUCUCCUUAUUGGUUCACAUGUUUGGGAUCGUCGGCUUUAUUCAUUGGAUUCUCUUCUUAAAAGGAGUUCUGGUUCUGAGGUUACACAGGAUGUUGCAUCUUAUGCUGAGCUGAAAAAUGGGAGAAGUGAUGCAUCUGUUGAGGAUGGCAGUCUUGACUACGGCAAUGAAGAAAAUGUGCCUGAGAUUUCAAAAUUACUGAAGCUUUCUCGAAAGGAUCUACAGUCUGAACAGUUGGAGGAGCCGAAAGCAUCACCAUCUGAGCCUGGAGUUCCAGAAGACUCCAUAUCAAACUCCCAUCUCCAUAACAAAGAGGAGGAAUUGUACUCGGAUGGCGCAGUCAAUAGUACAGCCUUGGAACGCGUCCCCUCAGCUGGAACCAGUCUAUCCGAUAAAAUAGAUUCUUUAUGGAGUGGUACAGAUCAACUGUCUUUGAAAACUCAGUUCCUGAAGACACUAGAGGCAGAUGUACCUGAAGCUGCUUUGCUCAUGCAGAUAAAUCAAACUGAUAAUCCACCUUUUAGAAAGCUAAUGUCACCGGCUAGAGUUUAUUCCUUCGAUUCUGCAUUGAGAAUUCAAGACAGAAUUAGGAAAGGACUGUCCCCCUCUUCAUUGCAUUUGUCAACACUUAGAUCUUUUCAUGCUUCUGGUGAGUACAGGAAUAUGAUCAGGGACCCUGUCUCUAUCGUACAGAGGACUUAUUCCCAAAUGUUACCUCGCGAAGCCCAGAAAUUAAAUCUUCCUCUGAGUGCCUCACCCUCCUUUAUCUCUUCUGCAUCUCUGUUGCCUGAAGGAGCACGGUUUUUGCUUCCACAAAAUGGCCAAAUUAACUUAGUUAUUGCUGUCUAUGAGAAUGAACCCACCAGCAUAAUCGCUUACGCCCUUUGUUGCAAGGAAUAUGAAGACCGGGUUGUGCAUAAGCUGAAUGAACAUGAUGUAUGCACUGCUAGUGAGAUAAAUAAGUAUAAUUCUAUAGCUUCUAAUUUUUCAGCAUGGCAGUCUAUUGGCUCUCUUGACUCGGAUUAUAUUCACUAUGGAAGCUUGGGAUCUGAAGAAACUUCGACGACAAUUGGUACCCUGUUUACUGAUCCCAAGAGCUCUUCUCAUUUGAGAAUUUCUUUUCAAGAUGAAUCUAACUAUGCUGGCGAAAAGGUGAAGUUUUCUGUUACCUGUUAUUUUGCAAAGCAAUUUGAUGCCCUUCGAAAGAAAUGCUGCCCAAGUGAGUUGGAUUUUGUGCGCUCUUUUAGUCGCUGCAAGAGAUGGAGUGCACAAGGAGGAAAGAGCAAUGUCUAUUUUGCCAAGUCAUUGGAUGAAAGAUUCAUUAUAAAGCAAGUCACAAAGACUGAGUUGGAGUCUUUUGAAGAAUUCGCACCUCAAUACUUCAAAUAUCUGACAGAUUCUCUUAGCUCAGGAAGUCCAACUUGCCUGGCUAAAGUUCUAGGCAUAUAUCAGGUUACUGUCAAACACGGGAAAGGUGGAAAGGAAACAAAAAUGGAUUUGAUGGUGAUGGAGAACCUUUUUUUCAACCGAAGUAUCUCAAGGCUCUAUGAUCUUAAAGGCUCUGCGAGAUCUCGUUACAAUUCAGAUCCCACAGGGACAAAUAAAGUACUGCUAGAUAUGAAUCUCUUGGAAACGCUGCGGACUAAACCCAUUUUUCUAGGAAGCAAGGCAAAGAGAAGCCUCGAGAGAGCUGUUUGGAAUGAUACAUCCUUUUUAGCGUCUGUUGACGUCAUGGAUUAUUCCUUGCUGGUUGGGGUGGACGAUGAGCGCAACGAGCUGGUCUUAGGUAUCAUUGACUUCAUGAGACAAUACACCUGGGACAAGCAUUUGGAGACGUGGGUAAAGGCAUCUGGUAUACUUGGUGGACCGAAGAAUGCUUCUCCAACAAUCAUUUCUCCGAAACAGUAUAAGAAACGAUUCAGAAAAGCAAUGACAACGUAUUUCCUCACAGUACCUGAUCAGUGGUCACCAUAAACCACAUCAUUGCAUUCAAUUUAUUGGCAGAUUAUUGGCUAAUAAUGGAAAGAACUGCUAUUGCAGAAAGAUGGAGAGGGUGGAUAGAUCCUUUGCUGUUGUUUGUUUAUUAUUUUCUUUAUUUUUUUUUGGAUACAUUUAUUAUUUUCUUUUGAAUGUGGGAACAAUAGGCCCCAAAAAAUAGGUUUAUACAAAAAAGAAGGGAACAAAAUUCCCCCGUCGGGUUUUCAUUGUACUUUCUGUACAUGUGAACAAGUUUCCUUGAAGAAAAUUCCUUCAUU